AUGAAGACCAGAUCGACGCUGUUCAUCCACGCCACCAUCAUCACGGUUGACCCUCAAGGCACCAUAUGGCUGGACGGGGCGAUCUUGGUCAAUGCCGACCGGAUCGUGGCCAUCGACAAAAGUGCAGAGUUGUUGAGUCGAAUCCCUCCCGACGUCAAAAUCGUCGACGUCUCUGGGCGCAUUAUCCUGCCCGGUCUGAUUAACGCCCACGCUCACCUGACUCAGUCCCUGCUGAGAGGGCUGGCCGAGAACGUGUCGUUGCAUUCCUGGCUGUGCGAUUCGAUCUGGCCUCUCGAGGCCAAUUAUGAAGGAGAGGAUGGCUACGUGGCCGCCAGAUUGACCAUCGCCGAAAUGUUGAAGAGUGGCACGACCUGUUUUUUGGAAGCCAUGUUGACCCACCGCAGUGGGUUCGACAAUGUGGUUCGUGCUGUGGAGGAGAUGGGUGUACGGGGCUGCUUGGCCAAACUUGUCAAGGUGGGAACGACGGGCGUCCUGGUAGACGCGCGCGACAAGGACUUCUCCAGCAUGUCCAUCGAAAGCGCCUUGGCCGCCCACGACAGAUAUAACGGGUCUUAUGGUGGACGGAUCCGCGUCUGGAUGGCCGCCGGCACCCCCAGAGGCUCAGAUGAAGGCUCCCACAAGGCCAUAGGGGAUGCGUGUGCCCGACACGGCAUUUCUCUCACCAUGCACUGUGCGGAAGCACCGGCAGAUCUAGGGAUCUAUCGCGACAGCUACAACUGUUCCCCAGUCGAGUUCUGCGAGCGCACCAACAUGAUCGGCGGCGAGGGCGAGAGUCGGAAGACGGUACUGGCUCACAUGGUGAAUUUGGAUCUGGAAAGGGAUCUGCCGAUUUUGCAACGACAUCAACAACAAGCUCCGACCUCGCGAGAUGCCGACCAAGUUCCCCGUCCCUUGGUGUCCGUCGCUCACAACCCCAGCUGCAACUGCAAGAUUGCGUCGGGUAUUGCUCCUGUGCCGGAGUUGCUUGCUGCCGGUAUCAACGUCAGUCUGGGCACCGACGGGGCACCCUGUGCCAACACGUACGACAUGAUUCUGGAGAUGAGAAUGGCAGCUCUGAUUCAAAGGGGCACCCGAAACGACGCCUCGCUCAUGGAAGCGCAGAAAGUGAUCCAGAUGGCCACCAUCGACGGAGCCAGAGCGUUGGGCCUCGAAAAGGAAGUGGGAAGUCUGGAGGUGGGCAAAAAAGCAGACCUUAUUGUGCUAGACCCCUCGGGCCUGCAGUGUUGUCCCUUCGAUCCCGACCAGAUCAUGGGCGGCGGAGUCGAUCCUUUGACAACUGUCGUCUACUCUUGCACGGGAGCCGAUGUCAAGACCGUGCUGGUCGACGGGCAGGUCGUGGUGGACGAUGGCCGACUUGUCGUGGCUGAUGAACGUCAAAUCAAGGAGGCCGCCCGGAAAGUCAUCAGACGGAUCCGCGAAAAGUCGAGCAUAGCCAGGUUGAAGCCAGAGAGAAAGUAUCGAUGA